CAAUGAAGACUCUAAUACUUGUAGUAUUAAUUUGUUAUAGUAGCUCUUAAAUGUUAAGAGGGUCAUCUAAGUCUUUAGUUGAAGAAGAACAAGGUAAUUAUGAAUUUUGAAUGACAGCAAUAUUUUAGAGUGAAUAAGAAGAUUAAAGCUUUUAUGUUGGGAGGAAUGAUAUUUCAGCAGAGACUCUUUAAGGCUAAGAGACAGUAGAAGUAGAAACAAGUUUGGCAGUGUUUAAAAGUGAUGAUAACCCAAUGGUUUAUAUUGAAGAAUCAAUAGAAUCAAGUAUUUAUAUUAAAAAAUAAAUGCAAAGAUUAAGAUCAAAAUUUUGAAUAAUAGGAAUCAUUGAAAAUCGAGAAAGUUGAUGAUGAGAUCUAGUAUAAUAUUACAAUAGAUAAUAAAGAGCAUAAGAAUUACCAGAAGCAACAAAUGAUUAAGCUAAUUAUGUCGAUAAAGCAAUAGUAUUAGAUCCAGAAUAAGAUUAAUAAGCAUCUUAGAACAGUUAAACUGAUGUUGUUUUGAAUAUAGCUCCAAAGACAGAGUCAUUAAAUAGUUCUGAUGCAAAUAAAAAGCAUAUUUAUGUUUACAAUCGUAUAAUUUGACUCUUAGUAAUUUAGCUUUGGCAAAGAAACCUUUUGUUGGCAUAAAGUUUCCACCUAUGCCUGUGACAAAGGAUCAUAAUUAUUUGUCAAACUCUGAAAGUCUGACUAUAAAAUUGCCUGCAUGGUCUGAAGAAAGUAAUCAUAGAGUUGAAGAUGAUUUAGAAUUCUUCCAAUUUAUUAGACGUAUACAGCUUUAAAUAUAGUAGCAUCUGAUGUAUCAGUUAAUGAAUAUUGAA